GUCAAAGGAAGGAAGGAGCAAGGCAGGAAAGGAGGGAGAGAGUAAGAGGAGGAAAGCAGAGUUUUCCGUUAGAGGGAGAGAGAGGAGGCCGACCAGCAGUGGCACCACUCAAUCACUCACCAGAGGCUGCUGACGUACCAGUCGCACCUGAGAAUAUCUGAAAUAACACAGUCAAACAGGUGAAAAGAGCAGGACUGUCUGCAUGAAUUCCAUGGAUUUAGUCGAGUUUUGACAAAGUGAAGGGAUCCGCGCGCCAAGUUAAGGAUUAAAACCUGAAACAUAAGAAAAUACUCGGCCGGCAGAGAGGUGGUCUCGAAGAGGAUUAAGAGGUCCGCAGUUCUGGAACAUCAGUAAGUCUGAAGGAGUGACAGAAUGACUUUAUCUCGGAACGGAACCCUGGAGAAGGCGUUAUCUCAGCAGCUUUCGGCUGAUGUGGUGGACUCAGAGUUAACCCGCCUCCAUCACGCUAACUCCAUCUCCUCAGCGGCCGUGUCCCCAGUGCCGGCCCCGGGGGUGGUGGUGCCCCCUCCGUACUCUGUGGCGGGCAGCACCGUGGCUGACCAGCCGCUGGAGCUCAGGGGGUCUCUGGACUGUUGGGCCUGCUCCGUCCUCGUCACCGCCCAGAACCUCAUCAUCGCCACCAUUAACGCAGGCCUGGCCGGAGUCAUCUUCGGCCUCAUCCUCACCCCGGCGCUCGUCAUGGUGGUGUUCGGCUUCCUCUGCCAUUCAUCAGUGCAGCCGCACGGAACCUCCGUUUACUGCUCAGACCUGCUGAACGAUGGUGCCUGUGUAGCUCUGCUGGUGGUUGGGUUCCUUCUGCUGGUUCCUCUGCUGGUUCUGGCUUUGGCUGCUUACUGCAGACUGGCCCGCCACCUCCAGCUGGGCCUCUGCUUCAUCCCGUACAGCCGCGCUGUCUAUAAAAACCUGCCUGCAUCCCACCACAGGGGGCUGGGGGGCUGCUGCGGCCAGCAGGGGGCAGCGGAGAGGGAGGGGAAGGGCAGCGUGUGGGUGUGAGGAAGAUUCAUCAGUAAAAACUGCUGGGCUACUACAGAUGUACCCAAAUUUAAAUGCAAAUUGACAUUUAUUAGAGUGAAUCAAACAGAGCUGCCUUGACUUUUUUACUGUCACUACACUAUGUAAAUAGCCGUCGUGGCUUUUUUUAAAUGUAAAUAUCUCUUUUCUGGGAGCUCCUCCUCAGCGCCUCUGUCACAAUCUCUUCUGAGGCUUAUCAAAUUAUCUCACUAGCUUAGCUCAUUUGCUCUGCCUCAUAAUGCAUUCUGACCCGUGAGCAUGUGGGAGUAGCAGUGAUGGCAACUACUGGUCAAAAGCUAACCAAACACAGGCUAACGAAUCAAAGGCUAACCAAACAGACGCUAACCAGUCACCACACAAUGGACUAACCAAUCAGAAGCUAACCAAUCACAGACUAACCUAACAGAGGCUAACUAAUCACAAGCUAAAUAAUCAUAGGCUAUUCAAUCAGAGGCUAGAAAUCAAAGGCCAAUAAUCACAGGUUAGCCAAUAAAAGGCUGACCAAUCACAAGCUAAACAGCUGGGUUAACCAAUCAGAGGCUAAAAAUUGAGGGCCAGCAAUCACAGACUAACAAACCAAAGGUUAACCACCAGACGCUAACUAGUCACUAAACAAUGGACUAACCAAUCACAAGCUAACCAAUGACAGACUAACCCAAUAAGAGGCUAACCAAUCACACCAGUCAGAGGCUAAAAUUAAAGGCCAACAAUCACAUGUUAGCCAACAAGAAGCUAACCAAUCACAAAAUAAGCCAUCAUAGGCUAACCAAUCAGAGGCUAAAAAUCACAGGUUGGCCAAAAAGAGGUUAAUCAAACAGAGGCUAACCAAUCAGAGGUUAGCCAGUAAGAGGCUAACCAAUCACAAGCUAACAAUCAAAGGCUAACCAGUUAGAGGCUAAUCAAUCAUACGCUAAUCAAUGAUAGGCUAUUACAUGUGGGAUUUUCUGAGUUGAUUUUCUGUUCAUGCUGGUAAUCUUAUCAAAAAAUGUGAAUGUUUUUUACACAGUGAGUUUUAAAAAAUCCACUAAAACCUCGAGAAUGAAAUCAGAGUAGAAUUCAACAAGGCCUCAAACCGUGUUUGGAGUUCUCAAAGCCGGUCCUCGAGGGUCGGCAGCCUUGUGCUGAGGUAUUACUUUUCUGAUUGCUUUUGUGUUUGAGUGGCUGUUCCGUUUGGCUCUGACUUUCUUUUCCUCUAACUGUAUGUUUUUGUAAGUUACUGGACUGGGUGUGUGUUUGAUUCUGCUAUGCCUAACAGACAGACUUUCAUUUGGCUCUCUUGUGUUUUUCUUUCUCAUUUAUUAUUAUUGUUAUGGUUUGUGCAUUUUGGUUCAGCGUUCAAUAAACUGAGUGUUUUGAUACGUAACAUUUUAA